GAAUGAAGCGCUGAGAGUGACGCGGCGCCGGUUGCCAGGGCGCCGCUGCCGGGUAUUAUGGGAUGCGGCGGCGGUGGAAUGGCGCUGGGCGCGUGAUUUUGAACAAACACGGAACCUGUUGCCGCGGCGGCUCUUGCCGGAGCGGUGGCAGCAGCAGCGAGUCCCGACGAGAAGGAGGACGAGGGGCGCGGCUGCGGCGGCGUGUGUGUGUGUAUGUGUAUGUCGUUGUUCGUGGAGACGAGAGCGGAGCCGGGGAGACAGAGGGAAGGAGAAGGGCGGACAGAGAUUGGUAAAAGUGCCCGGCUGUGGGAGCGAGGCCGCCGCAGAUGGUGCUGCGUUAUGAUGCUUCUGGAGGUGGUCUGAUGUAGUGCAGUAUUUAAAAGAAAUUCAGAUGGGGGCGACUGAGGCUGAGAGAGAAUGGUUUGCCUGAGGCGCUCUAGUGAGUUCAUGGAGUCAUGAGUUUUGAACCAGGGAAUUCUUGAUUCGCAGCUCAGUUUCGUAGCCACCACACUACAUCAGCGCUCAAUAUAUUCGUGCCUCAUCUUUAACCUACCGUCAACAUUUGCAAUAUGGAGGUAGUGUCGGCAGAAGUGAACAGCUUGCUUCCUGAAGAGAUCAUGGACACAGGUAUAACGCUGGAAGAAGAUGAGAACAUUGAGGCUGUAAUUGUAGGGGACGCUAUUCCUAUGGAAACGGAACUGGAAGGAAUGGCAAAUGUAAGCUCAGUUGGUGAUUCUACAAGUACCGCUGCAUUGUCAAUUGCCACAGAGACUGUCACAGUGCCCAGCAAUUGUGUAAGCCAUGUCACAGGCAAUACUGCCAGUGCAAAAGCUGACACUGGUGCAAUUGUACAACCUUCCUUUCAAAGUAGCCUCCAAAAACUGGGUACUCAGACACCUGUCACUAUAUCAGCCAAUCAGAUCUUUCUAAACAAGGCAACUGAUUUGAAAAUUGGUAAACAGACUGUGAAACAGGAAGGACAAAAGCUCAUUGUAACAACUUUGGGGAAGCCUGGGCAGCCAAUUGUCUUAGCUCUACCCCACAACCAGCUAUCUCAGUCUCCGAAGGCUACAUCACAAAUGCAAGCAAGCGACUCCAAGGUGUCAACACAGCAGUUCAAGGUGGUCACUAUUGCAGGAAGACCGGAGGUGAAACCUGUCAUUGGUGUGUCAGCCUUGACACCAGGGAGCCAGCUGAUAAAUACUGCCACUCAAUCCACUGUAUUGCAGACCCAGCAAUUAAAAGCAGUGCAGAUUGCUAAGAAAAACAGGACACCAACCUCCGCCCCAGUAAUCACGAAGUUGAUCUUCACAAAACCAAUCAACAGUAAAGCAGUUACAGGGCAGACAACUCAAGUGUCGCCGGUCAUUGCAGGUAGAGUUCUCUCGCAGACUACUCCAGGAACACCUCCAAAGACUGUAACUAUCUCAGAAAGUGGAGUUAUUGGGGCAUCUUUAAGUUCUACUAUUCAACAGACACCAAAUAAGAUAGCCAUCUCUCCCCUGAAGUCACCUAACAAGCUAACGGUAGUGUCGGUCGCCUCGCAGCCUCCAAGCUCCCCUCAGAAAACAGUCGGUGUUCCUUUAAACGUAGCCUUGGGACAGCAGAUUCUCACAGUGCAACAUUCGACACCCUCUUCCCCAGGAAAGGCUGUAGUUAACAAUACAACUGCUCAGGCUGUGAAAUCUGCAGUUCAGACCCUCACUGUGGGGGGAAUGGGUACAUCGCAGUUUAAGACCAUAAUUCCCUUGGCAACAGCACCCAAUGUUCAGCAGAUUCAGGUACCUGGAAGCAAAUUCCAUUAUGUCCGGCUUGUAACUGCCACAACAGCCAACAGCAAUGCACAGCCAGCUGCUCAGAAUCCCAGCACCAGCACGGCACCCCUUCAGCAAGCUAAACCAAUGGUGGUGAAUGCGACCCCCGUGCGGAUGUCUGUCCCAAUUGUUCCAGCAGCACAGACUGUCAAACAAGUGGCACCCAAGCCAAUUAACGCAACUUCGCAGAUCGUUACCACGAGCCAGCCACAGCAAAGACUUAUUAUGCCUGCCACGCCACUGCCGCAGAUCCAGCCAAACCUCACCAACCUUCCCCCGGGCACUGUGCUGGCCCCAGCCCCUGGGGCAGGAAACGUGGGAUAUGCUGUUCUCCCAGCUCAGUAUGUUACUCAGCUACAGCAGUCGUCCUAUGUAUCCAUAGCAAGCAACACCAAUCUUAGUGGGACAUCUAGUAUCCAGACCCAGGCUCGACUGCCGUUCAAUGGAAUAAUUCCCUCUGAAUCAGCAAAUCGUCCCAGAAAGCCAUGCAACUGUACAAAAUCAUUGUGUCUUAAGCUGUACUGUGAUUGCUUUGCCAAUGGUGAGUUCUGCAACAACUGCAACUGUACAAAUUGUUACAACAAUUUGGACCAUGAAAAUGAUAGACAAAAAGCAAUCAAGGCCUGCCUUGACAGAAACCCUGAGGCCUUCAAGCCCAAAAUAGGGAAGGGAAAGGAAGGCGAAUCGGACAGGCGGCACAGCAAAGGUUGCAAUUGCAAGCGGUCUGGAUGCCUCAAAAACUAUUGCGAGUGCUAUGAGGCAAAGAUCAUGUGUUCUUCAAUAUGCAAAUGUAUCGGCUGCAAGAACUUCGAAGAAAGCCCAGAGCGGAAGACGUUGAUGCACUUGGCGGACGCUGCGGAAGUGCGAGUCCAGCAACAAACGGCUGCAAAGACAAAGUUGUCCUCACAGAUCUCAGACUUGCUAACCAGGCCGGCACCAGUGCUGACCAGCGGAGGGGGGAGGCUGCCCUUUACGUUUGUGACAAAGGAGGUGGCAGACGCAACAUGUGACUGCUUACUUGCGCAGGCUGAGCAGGCUGAGAAGGCAGGCAAGUCAAAGGCAGCAGCGGAACGGAUGAUUCUAGAGGAAUUUGGACGUUGUCUGAUGAGAAUCAUUAACUCAGCAGGGAAGUCCAAAAGUGACCCUUGUGCCAUGAACUGCUGACUCUUGAAAAUGAGAUGCAUUCUGUACCGGGACACUAAAAGGCACACGGACACUUUUUAGUUCACAGCAGCAGUUUUCAUUCUUAAUUUGGCGCUGCUCAGUUUCCACUGGCAUACGUUAAUAUUGACGCUUUGUAAUGACGAGUACUCUUUUAGCUUAACUUUCUUAUACUUCAUACAUCCGAGAUGUAUUUUCCCCCCCUUCUGAACCUCUAAACUACUUGGGACUGCCCAGAGUUUAGAUAGUUUCCUUCCUCUUUCUGUCUUAGAAGAUGUUCUUCAGGCAAUUCUUUAAAUUAUUAUAAUUAUUAUUAUUUGCAAUGUAUAGUGUUUGAAUUUUGUAUAGGGGAAAGGGAGAAACACCGGCCAGUCUAUUAGAAACAUCUGUUGUGGAAAUCUAAUUGAAAUUACUGGGUAUUCUGGCCGGAACAGCAUCUUGGGCAGAUGUUCCCAGUAUAUUGGAUCAGCAUCAAAACACAUAUUUUCUUUGCAUCAGCAUAGAUAACAACAGUACAUCCCUGGACAAGUUAAUGCUGAAAGGACAUCAAUAAAAAUAAAUACUUGCUGAAUAGCACUUCAAAAAGAGAUGCAAGUAUGUCAGUUGUCUUGUUAGCUGCAGUCCUGACUUCAGUGGGAAUACUUACUAUGUUGAUCUUAAUAUACUAAGAAUAACGCAUUAACAGAGCUAGAUACAGGAAUAUAUGCUAUUGAUAUACAAAAAUCAAGGUCAAAAUUAUAUCAUUUUCAAAUAUCAUAAAACGAUCUCUUUGGUAAGUUUUAAAAAAAUAAUGUAUGUCAUAUUCCAAAUUUUAAUAAACCAGUUUCAUUGGUUUCAGAGAUUAUGGAUAUUUUGUUUGACAAACUUUAAUGUAACUAGAGAUUUUUAACAUUUCUGUUAUGUCCCAAAUAUCCUUCAGUCUUUUGAAGGGAUUGAAGGCAAAUUUCUCUCUCUGGUUCCUGUCUCGCUAUCAUCCCAGUAGCAGCCUAGAUUCCCCAUAAGUUCCUGAUCAGCUAGAGAAUUCUCCUUGAGAUAUUCCAACAGAUUCAUCAAAAGAUCUUAUGACAGCAUAAUUCCAGUUAUAUUUGCAGUACCUCAUAACUAAUUAAUCUUCUAAGCUUUGUGCACUUCCAGUGCAUGAGGUUGAGAAAAGCCCAUACUGGGAUGAUCUCCAAACUGGCCAGGAUUCAAAAAAAUAAAAAGCAACCGUCCACACUAGUCUGUGCCACUUGAGUUUCUUAAGCAACAACUCCCCGCCACCCCAGACUACACAUAGCAAACCACUUUUGAAGGAGGACUUUCAAAAUCAGCUUGUGAUUGGCAUGGGAAAUCCCCUCCGCAUAUCGUCAUGGAUCGCAGCGUCAGUGAGGAUACUUAGAAAUGGGUCAAGGAUUACAUCGACUGUCUUCAUAGGUGCUACAUGUGUUUUAUUUUAAAUUGUGUAGUGAAGUUUGAGGGUGCACAUUUUAAGGAUGAGGGGUGUUGUUCCUUAAUUAUGUUGUAGUUAUGUACAGAUUUGACUAGAAUUAACACUCUGGUCACCAUACGAUACUGGUACACUUGAUUUUGGUAGCCUUAAGUUCACCUGUUUCUUUUGGACCAGACAACAGAAGUUUCCGUUCAGGAAUUACCAAAACCAUUAUCUAAAAAUGUUUCAACUGGGUGGAAAACAGCCAGGCAUGGGGUUUUCUUUUCAGCAGAGAGCAAACGAAAUCCUUGUAGGUGUUCACCUGAACUGUUCAAAUAUAGCUGUGUUCAAAUUACUUGCAAGCCAUUUGUACUUUUUUUUUUUUAAUAUUGCCUCAACUUAGCUUGAAUUUUUAAAGUAUAUUUUAGCAGUGCAGUGUGUUGACCUGACACUCUAUAUUAAGACAUAAUUAAACUGGUGGAACAGGAAAAAAGGAUAAAAUAGUAUUGUUUGGAUGGAGAUGCUUAGAAGCCAGAAUCUCUGGAACAAAUACUAUAUGCUAAAUAUGAUAGCAUGUUCUUUGCAGCAAUUUGUUCAAUGAAUUUCAUGAAUGGAUAUAAAUUCCAUGUUUGAAUAAGCAAGCACUUCGUAGAUACCUUAGUUUGCCCUGUAAUUAUAAUGCAAUUUUUUUAAAGGGAUGUUUUCUCCACAUAACUAACUGUACAUAUAUAUUCGUAUUAUGUAACUGUAUGUAUGCACAUAGCAGACUUGCAUAUAUGUACACAAAAUCCUGAAAGGGCAUCAGUUGUUUGUUUUAGCAGAAUUGUUUUAAAAGGAAAACUCUGACUUGGAAUAAGUCAAGGCGUUACUUUUCAGAAUAGAUGCUGAAAACUUGCCUUUUUUACUAAUUCCAUAAGCAUCCAUAGGAUGAGAUUUGUAAAAAUGUAAAUUAGUUUGAGUGGAUAAAGUAAUACUUGAUCAAGUUAUUUUUCAAACAUGCAUCCUUUUGUCUAGAACUAAAUUUGUGUUCAAUUUUGUACAUAUUCUGUGUCUUACUCUAAUGUGCACCUUUUUUGUGAUGUGUAUUUAUAAGUGUGCAGAAAACCUUUUGUGAAGUUUGGAUUCCAGUUGUAGAUUAUGUAUGAAGAAUUGCGUGUAAAAGAUUUGAAGAAGGUGCAAUCAAAGAUCUAGUUUUCUGUCUCUUAGAGCAAGCUCUCUCCUGCACUUCGCUUGGUUCUGCCCUGCGUCCCCUUUGCGUUUUUUAACAUGGUCCUUUGCAUGACAUUGCUGAGCAAGCUAGUUAAAAUACAUCAAGAUACUGGGAACAGUUUAUGAAGCACUCCUGAAGUGCAAGCCGUUCCAUUUCAGUGGAGUUUUGCAACGUUUCUGUCGCAACACUUACGGAAAAGAUUAGCAGGUGCCUAGCUUGGAGUGCUUUUGUAUUAUAUCCACUAUCAGCAGAUUUCAAGAGGGGAGGGUGUCUGGGGUUGAUUUUCUAGUUCUGGUUUACAUCUAAAAAUAGAUUUAUAUUUACUAGACCUAUUCAAAGAAUACACUUUUCUAUAUUGUAAAAACAAAUGUCAGAUAAAUCACAAAGAAAAAUAAAUCGUUUAUACUAUUAUGUACAAA